CCUCACCUCGUUUUUAUUAUAUUUAAGCGAAUUCAGUCGUCUUGGCAGCUACAUAGAUCGCGGUCCUUUUGCUAGUUACAACAACAUUCAUGCUCGAGCUCGUGCUCUGCGCAGAUGGCGCGAGUAUGAUAAAGGAGGGCAGUAUAAAGGAUGGCAGUCGCCCGUGCCUAUCUGAGCCUGCCUUUAGCACACAGUCUCUUCCUACUCCACGGCCUUGCUCACCCCGAUUCCAGCCGCCAUGCUUUCCUCCCACCUCACUCUCCUUUUGUGUGUCGCUUCCACUUCCGCACACUGGCUGCGUGGAAAAGGGGACAUUUUCUGCCACGAGGUCACUGGCGCUGUCGCUGCCUUUCACGCGCAAUCGCCCGCCUCCUCCUUCUGCUCUUCGUACCUGCACGUGCCGGGUCCGACGACAGUCACCCAUCAGACACACACAUACUCCACCCUUAAGACCAUAAUAAGCUACGCCGCCACCAUCACCUCCACCGCUUCCACCACUUCCACUGUCACUGUGUCUCCCACCUGCACCGGUGCCGGCGUGGCCGGUCGCAGGGCAAAGAGAAGCGUGUCUAAGCCGCAAGUCUUGGCCCAGUGGACAGCAUCCGCCAUCCUCUCGUCUGCUUGCAGCUGUCUUUCCAUCACCCGCUCGACCGUAGUUGUCGGAGCAGCCACCACCUCCACCUCCACAACCGUUGUCAGCUCGACCGCGACUGUCACAUCCACUCCGAUAACGACCGUCCUUAUCCCACCAUCCGGCUUCAAGCUCUACGCGACCACAACUCCGCCGCCAGACCCUCAAACCUUCACUUACUCCACCAGCAUUGUCUACACCGUAUCCUUUAGCGCACAGGGCUCGUACCUGGCACCAGUUCGUAACGCAGAAUUCACGGAGACAGAAGCAGGCGCGGCGACCUGUUCUCUCAUCGGCACCGCGCUCAACUGCGGUGGAGAAAACUUUACCACCAUUCCCGCCGACUAUGACUUGCCGGCUCUCAACCAGGAGGUCGGUCGGCAGAUAUCCUGUGAGCUUUUUACAACGCCAAACGACCAAUGCGCGUUGAACUGCCUGAACUAUGCUGGUGGAACGCCACUCAACCAGAUUUGUGACUCGGACGGUCCCUAUCUCUGGACGAUUCCUGGGUCUGAGUCCUCCUGUGUUACCUUUGCGCCUGUAGUACAAGAGGUAUGAUUCAGGAGCGCACACGGACAAGCCCCGGAUCUUCUGAUCGAUCGUGGAGCGCGUGACACUUGUAGCCGACGCCGGCGACUGUCACAAGGCUGGCGUGGCUGAGACUUCAUAACUCCCUUUCUCGCUUGGUCGUCGUAGCACCUUACGGCGAAACUCUUCUUGCCCCCAGGAAUGUAUUCAGGCAAAUCCGAGAAGUUAGUACAAAGGAUCCGCCAUCGAGCAACUCAGGACAGGCAUUGAGGAAAGUGGUGAUCGCGCACGAAUGGAAUUUGUUUCACUCUCCUGUAUUUCAGAGCAGGGUUGAAUACCUGUCUUGCUGACAUCGGGCAACGUGCAACA